CAUAGCUCCUCUCUAUCCAUUCAUUUCUUUUACAGGUUUCAAUUUGAUAUCUCUCAGGUCUCAACAUGUCGAUCCCUUCUGGUGUCUCCAUAUCGGACGAAUGCAUCACCGCAUUCAACCAACUCCGCUCUGGAAGAGGGGCAAACAGACUGCAGUUUAUUAUCUUUAAGCUAUCAGAUAACCAGCAAGUUAUUGAGGUAGAUGAGUCCUCUACUGAGCUAGAUUAUGAAGCUUUCCGCCAGAAACUGUCAUCUGCAGUGGAUAACAGUGGAAAGCCGGCUCCUCGUUAUGCCGUUUAUGACGUUGAGUUCGAUCUGCAUGAAGAUGGCAAAAGGCGGAGGACGGUAUUCAUCAGUUGGGUUCCUGAUCAAACACCCGUCAAGCUUUGCAUGAUCCACGCGAGCACCAAGGAGCAGUUGAAGAAUGCGCUUGACAUUAAGCUUGACAUACAUGCUGAUAAACCCGACGAGAUUGACUGGAAGGUCAUCCUGAACAAAGCAAGUGGUGGAAAGGCCUAGACUACUUACGAAGAAUAAACUAUGGCUUUGACCAGUGCAUGUAAAUUAUAUAUCAUGAAGUGUGUCAAUAAAAUCAUCAAAAAUAUUCCAUACUUGCAUGGCGCUAGUCC